AUGCUUGGGUGGUUUCUGUAAAUCGAGAAAUUUUAGUGGAAGUAACCAUUUUUCAUGUUUUUCUACCAGGGAAGAAAAGUAUUUCUAAUUGAUUUUGAAAAGCCUUCUGUGAGUGAUGGAACAUGUACUAUCACCAUGCAUAAAACACCGAUUGUUGACAUCAUUCACUAUAAUGAGGGUCUAAGACAUAAUAUUGUUCCCAGGGAUCAAGUUCUGGCACCCUGGGAAGAGCAGUUGUUAAGAUAUGGACCAGGAAGUGUACUAUCUGGGAUUGAAACAAGGGAUCCUUUAAGAGUACAUGAAGAUGAAGACAUUAUAGUCCGUUUCUGGAAUGGAAAGGAGGUCAAAGUACCUAAAGGUGUGGCUUUUUGGAUUCCGCCAACAUUAUAUGACCGAAUAGUACGUGAGCUGCAGCAUCCUGUGAGUCUAAGAAAAGAUAUCCUGCCAAAUGAAAUUGUCUAUCCUGAAGUUCGUACUGUUAGAACUGUCAUACCAUCUACUCCCUGUUACAAUUACAGCUUCUGUAGUGGCCAUCUACCAUCAUGUAGACCAUGUUCUUGUCACAAACCAUGCAUGGGGACCUGUUACUUGCCAGCUUUCCCUGCCUGUCAUUAUCCACAUAAGUAUCAAAACUGGCAGCCAUUGAUGUCAAAACCUCCACAGUAUCAGCAUGAUGCUAAGAAUGAGGAGCUGGAGAAAAAAGUCACGGCACAGCUGAAGGAGCUGGAAUUUUACAAAAAAGCAUCUUCAUCAUCAUCUUCAUCAUCAUCCUCGUCCUCUGAAGAUGAAUCAGAGACGAACAAAGAGAUAACAAAUGCCAAGAGAGUAGUAAUGGACAGGGCAGUCAACACAGAUUCUAGUCUGUUUCAGAGGAAAAAGUCCCCAGUUCAAGAAAAGCCAGACUGGAAGUACUGGAAGAGAAGUAAUCCAGAGCCACAUCAUAAAAAACCAGGUUUGCUCUCUGGCUCUGGGAUGAACAAUCGCAGCUCUCCAUGCAAAGACCAUUACCCUGAGCUUUGGCCAACGCAACCAAACAACUCUACUGCAAUGUUUAAUUGUGUGGAACAUUCUGCAGGCCCCAGGGUGUCUAUGAGGGAUGCUUUAUGGCACAAUGACUUCAGUCCAUCAGUUGGGGCCCAGGGUCCACCAGUCCAAGACCGUUUGGGGGAGAACCAGGUAAAUCAAAAUCUCAAGUACCAAGAAACUCUGGAGCAUAAAAGGAAGAAAAAGAUUGACCAUUACAAAUGGGAAAAAGAGAGAGAGGACCUAGCAGACAUUAAGUACAGUAAUACUUACCAACACCAAAGAAACCAUACCCAGCAACGAUUGCAUGAUGAAACCCAGAAAAAAGAGGAGCAAAUCAAAAGACAGGAAGACAUAAAAAAGGACAAACAGCUGCAGAAGAAGAGUAUUCUACAAAGAAUGCAGCUGGCCAUAAAUGAGAUAGAAGGAAGAGAAUCUAAAAAGCUAACAUCUUUAAAGUGGCGACGGCAGCAACAUGACGCCAUAGAGGCACAGAAAGUCCGAGACAAUGAGGCGAAUGAAAAGCUACAGCAGGAUACAAGACGACAACGAGUUAAAGAAUUCUACAUGAAAGAAGCUGAAAAGGUCUACCAGGCUGAAAAGGAACAUCAGGAGAAGACAAGGAGGGACGUUUUCGUUAAAGUACAUGGAUAAUAAAAACUCAAUAAUACAUUUUCACGUUUGAUCAAGAAAUUGUGAAUGGACUAAAAGAAAGAAAAAUCAAAACUGAACAUUUCUUAUAAAACAGUGAAAAUAAUAGUAUCACUGUCACAAAGCUUUUUAAUCAAAUGAAAGUUUACACCAUUCCGUUUGACCUUAUAGUAGUUUACAGUUUAAUUUCUAUAUAUGUUAUUACUAUACAAAGAAUAAAUUAUAUACUGGCUGUAUAUUAUUUUACAGCACACAUCUUUCUCUAUUUAAGAUACUGUGAUUAUGAUGUGAUGUUCUUCCAGAAUUACACCAGCUUUAGUGUGUAAUAAAAAUAUUUGCUCU